AUGAGCAUUCUUAGGGGCUGUGUCCAAAGAGAUCUUAAACAAAGUGCUAUUGAGGAUUGUACAAAAGCUGUAGAAUUAGAUCCAGCUUAUUUGAAAGCUCGUUACAGACGUGCACAACUGUAUGAAGAAACUGAUAAAUUGGAUGAAGCUCUUGCAGAUUAUCAAGAAAUUCUUAAACUAGAUCCUUUACAUCGAGAAGCAUUGUAUGCUACAAAAAGAUUACCUGAGAAAAUACAUGAAAAAAAUGAAAAGAUGAAAGCUGAUAUGAUGGCAAAGCUGAAAGAUCUUGGCAAUAUGAUACUUCGACCAUUCAACUUAUCUACUGACAAUUUUCAAGUAAAUCAAGAUCCAAAUACUGGUGGAUAUUCAAUUAACUUUAAACCUAAUUCACAAUAAUGCAUUUUAUCAAGAAAUCAAUAUGACUGCCUUGAAUUUAACUCUUCUUUUUGUAGAAAUUUAUUUUGUUGUGUGAAGUUUUGAAGCUUCUGCAAAUAAGACAGCUUGAAGACCAUGAUAUGAAAUCAGUGUGUUUUGUGAACCCUGUUUUGUAAUGAUUUUGUACAUAGGAUUAAUGUACAUUCGUUAUUGUUUUAAAUUAUUGAACUUCAAGUGUUGGGACUUGUAAAAAUGCUUUAGAAUUAAAUAAAGUUAUGAAAAUAAACAAAAUAGUUUACUAAUAGCCAGGGCAAUUUGUUACAAUGAAACAUAUGUACUGCAUUUUUAUUUUCAAUGAUAUGUAUUUAAUGCCAGUGUUCUCUGUUUGUAGAAUCAAGUGUGUUGUGACGAUGUGAUUCGUUAAACAUGAUAUCAAAUACUACUUUGCUAUAAUGUGAUAUAUUUUAAGUACUGUACUGAUUUCACUUUAAAUUAGGUAAAGCAUAUGCAAAUACCUCUGUAGAUAAUGAACCAAAUAAAAUGUUUGUUUUACAUAGUUCUUCUACAAUGAAAAUUGAAAUUUUUUACAACACUUCAAAAUUUGUUUUCAAUUUUUUUUUUUAUUAAAUUUUGUUAAAAUAUAUUAACAGAUUACCUAAUAAUGUGCAAUCACACUUUCACUUAUUCAGGUUUAAACUGCAUAGUUCUUUUUGUUAGUCAAAGUCAUAGUACGAAUAAGAUUAUGUUUGAAUAAUAAUAAAUUGUGUAAAAAAGG